AUGGUUUCAGUUUACGUGCAUUUUUUGUGGCUAUUGUGUUUAGUGUUUGUGCCAAUUUAUGGUCACAUUCAACUACCAAAGAAUGAAGAUAAUAAUGAACUCUCUUUGGCUGCAACUGCAGCACAUUUAGCUAGAAAAUAUUUCUGCAAGGAUUCAACAACUGUCGUAUUAAUCGAAAGAAGUACACUCCUAGACACACGAGAUUCUCACAGACUUAUUUAUGAAUAUAUCCUGCAAAAUCUCAAUGAAUCAAUUGCUGUUCAGCUGUUUUCUGGAAAUACCGAUAGUCAACCUUGGGAAUAUCACAUACUCAUUGUUGACAGUGAAGAAGCCUUUUUUAACAUUGCUGCAAGUUUUCCGGAAAACAGUUUCGAUGGUGAAUUUCGAUUUCUGGUAAUUUUAACAAUUUAUUUACCAACCGAUUUUCUUCGAACAAUUGAAGCAAUCUUCGAAUUAUGCAAGGACAAUAACGUGAUAAACGUGAAUGUCCUUCUGAAUCAUGAAAUAAUGGGAGUUUGUAUGUACAGUUAUAAGAUUUUCUCCGAUACCAAGUGCCGUGUUGUUCAGCCUUUUCUACACUUUCGACUUAUCGAUGGUUUUGAUAACCUUGAAGAAGUAUUUCCGAAAAAGCUGUUGAACUUUCACAAAUGCCCGCUCAGAAUAUGUGGCCAGCUGAAUCAUCCAAUGUUGACGUUUGCUGGUAACCAAACGGAUCCCCACACUAACGACGGUAAAUGGAAGAAUCUUAAUGGAAUUGAUGGACAGCUGAUUCGAAUUAUCGCUAAAAGUCUGAAUUUUACUAUUGACAUGUUGCCCUUCUCACAAGAACGAACGUACCUUGAGAACUACACUGGCUUUGGGUGUUAUGCAGAGCUGCUUUCCGGUAAUGCGGAUAUUGCUAUUGGAGGUUUCAGUGGAUCAGAUCCGACAAGAACUUCGCUAACGCCAUCAGUGCUGUAUCACCAUUCGCCGAUGGUAUUCAUUGUUCGUGGAAGGAGGGAGCUCGAUUGCGCCAAUCGUCUUGGGAGGCCAUUUAGCUUCGGGGUUUGGCUAUGCAUCAUAUUACUCCUCCUGAGUGGGACCUUUCUGAUUCAAAGCUUGCGAAUGUUGAAGAAGCCACAUAGACUUCGAAUAGUGGGUGAAGAUAACGAUGGCCCAUUGUUAAACUUUUUAUCCGCCUUCUUGGGCUAUCCGGUGACAGCAGCCCCCGCAGGGUAUUUGGCAAGAUAUCUUCUGAUACUCUGGCUCGUGAUGACUCUGGUCAUCCGAAGUGCCUAUCAGGGUUCUCUCUACGACUCCAUUCGAAUUGACCGAUACGACAAAAUUCCCCAUAAGUACGAGGACCUUUUCAGGCAAAAAUAUAAAUUCAUCAUCACAAGAGCUUACCUUGGUCUUGGUAUUUUCAGCCGCAACGAAACAAUAAUCGUGGAUCAACCACAUAGCGAAAGGUUGAAAUUGUUGGCUCAACUUGAUGGCAAAUACGCAACUGUUGCAUUACAGGAUCAUGUUAUCAGCUAUUUGGAGUCGAAUUUCCGGAAAGGCUCGGAUCUAAGAAUUAUCAAUGAGCAGAUCUACCAAUUUCAGACGGCAAUGUUUUUUCAAAAACAUUCAAUCUAUGCAACGCCGAUCAACGCCAAUUUAAAUCAUUACAAUUUUGCUGGAAUUAUGAGACACAUUGUGAGGAAUAAUGUUAAGGAUUGGAAAAUUUUCAGGGACAGCAUGAAGGGAGGUCCUUUAAGAGCAUUGAAUAAUGAUAGAAUAUGGAGUUUGUAUAAGAUAUUUGUGCGGUUGAUGAUUUUCACGAUGGGAGUUUUCCUAUUGGAAAUGGUGUCAGUUUAUUCGGAAAAAGUGAGGAAAGCUUUGAAUUGGUUGCAUUAA